CCCGCGCCGCCCGCGCGCGGGCUCGGGGAGGCGCCGAGUGAGCGGGAGAAGCAGGAGAGAAUUGAAGUUCAAAAGGAAAAGCAGCGAGAGCUGAUCCUACAGCUCAAGACACAAUUGGAUGACUUGGAGACCUUUGCUUACCAAGAGGGCAGUUAUGAUUCCCUGCCACAGUCUGUGGUCAUGGAAAGACAGCGGGUGAUUAUAGAUGAGUUGAUAAAGAAGUUGGAUAUGAACCUGAACGACGAUAUUGCAUCGUUGUCCCCGGAUGAGCUGCGUCACCGGGUGGAUGCUGCUAUUGCACAGAUUGUCAAUCCAGCAAGGGUGAAGGAGCAACUAGUGGAACAGCUUAAGACGCAAAUACGGGACCUUGAGAUGUUCAUCAACUUCAUUCAGGAUGAAGUUGGAAGUCCUGGCAAGCUAGAAGAUGGACACUGUGAAUGCUCAGGCAAGACAGCUGCAAGUAGCUCCUAUAAACCAAAUAGCAGGCUGCCUCCUGGGAAUAACAGAGUGCACCCCGAGGAUGCCAGAAAGAUGAGAGAAACAGGUCUGCAUCUCAUGCGGCGCAUGCUUGCUGUGCUGCAGAUAUUUGCUGUCAGUCAGUUUGGUUGUGCUACGGGUCAGAUACCCCGCACCCUCUGGCAGAAGGACCAAGCUAAUAAAGACUAUUCUCCUUUAAUUAAGAGACUGGAGCUGUCUGUAGACAAAGUGAAGCAGCUGAUAUUGAAGCACCAGCAGCAGGACCAUGUUGUCAGCUAUUCCAGCAUGCAGGAUGUUCCCUUAGGAGGGCGAGAUGAGCUGACUUUGGCUGUGCGGAAGGAGCUGACCAUUGCUUUACGAGACCUUCUGGCUCAUGGGCUCUAUGCUUCUUCUCAAGGGAUGAGCUUGGUGUUGGCACCCAUUGCGUGUUUGAUUCCUGCCUUUACUUCAUCACCACAGACCAUGCACCCAUGGGAGCUCUUUGUUAAGUAUUACAAUACCAAGAACGGUCGCGCCUUUGUGGAGUCCCCAGCUCGUAAACUCUCCCAGUCCUUUGCCCUGCCUGUGACAGGAGGUGUUGCUGCGACCCCCAAGCAGAGCCUGCUGACAGCUAUUCACACUGUCCUCACAGAACAUGAUCCCUUCAAACGCAGUGCAGACUCUGAACUGAAGGCCUUGGUGUGUAUGGCUUUAAAUGAGCAGCGCUUGGUGUCCUGGGUGAACCUCAUCUGCAAAUCUGGGGUUCUGAUACAGUCUCACUACCAGCCCUGGAGCUACAUGGCCAACACAGGCUUUGAGAGUGCACUCAAUAUUCUCAGUCGCCUGAGCAACUCCAAGUUCAACCUCCCUGUGGAUUUGGCUGUCCGGCAGCUGAAAAACAUCAAAGAUGCUUUUUGACAUGUCCUUUACAGAUCAGUCCCCACCUCCUCUUAGUAGGCAGCUAUUGAUCUCAAGGACCCUUUUUCUUAAGACCAAGCUUGGUUCAUUUGAGGAUGAUCUUAAAUUUUACUUGAGUGUCUCAAAUACUUGAGUACUUGAAUGUCUCAACACUGGAAACCUUCACUGUUCGAUUGCCUGUGAGGAAAUGCUGCUGACUUUUAGGUUGAGCAUCCUACCCCUCAAACCUGUGCUCAUUCAGCUCUCAAGUCAGUGAAGCUGCUACAGCCAUUUGCACAGGGUCUACCAACUAUCAUGUGCCAGAAAUGAGGAGCUGCCUGAAAUGUAAUAAACAAGAGCCUGAUUAUACAGCCAGU